GCGCGCCAGUCGCGCGACAUCCGUCACUUACGGCCGGAGCGGUUCGGGCCGGGAGUUGGUGGAGCGGUGCAGAGCUCCUACGAACAAACGGCUUGGGCGCAGACUAGUAUCCGGGAGUGUGAAUUGCAGGGUCCGCCAUGGAGCCGGAGCAGAUGCUGGAGGGACAGACGCAGGUUACAGAAAAUCCUCACUCUGAGUACGGUCUCACAGACAACGUCGAGAGGAUAGUAGAAAAUGAGAAGAUUAAUGCAGAAAAGUCAUCAAAACAGAAGGUGGAUCUACAAUCUUUGCCAACUCGUGCCUACCUGGAUCAGACUGUUGUGCCUAUCUUACUACAGGGACUUGCUGUGCUUGCAAAGGAAAGACCACCAAAUCCCAUUGAAUUUCUAGCAUCUUAUCUUUUAAAAAACAAGGCACAGUUUGAAGAUCGAAACUGAUUUAUUGGAAAGAACAGAAAAAUUUGAUUGCUACUGUAGAUUUACAUGAUUAAGAGGCAGCUUUAAUUGCCAUGAUUAUUUCCCCUUUUUGGAAGUAUAAGAACCAUCAGUACAACAGAACUUAUUUCAGGAGUUGCAGAAGAGAACACAUUUCCCUUAAUUUGAUUUAAUCAUCAUACUUAUUUAAUGAGUGUAUUCUGUGCAGUUUUUCUCAGAUUGUCUUUAACUUUGUUUUUAAAAUGACCUUCAAAAUAAACUCUCAAAACAUCAUUAUUUUAAAGUA